CAAGUCAAUUCUUUUGUCACGAACAACUGUUUUUAAAAGGGCUAACUCAUAGACUUAUAGAUUAUAUCUAGACUGGAAACCGGAAAUAAAUUCUUAUCCGCGAUUGAUCGAUUCACAGACCUAUACAUAUAUAGAUUUUUAUCGGGCCCAAGAGAAUGUCCCCGUGAGGUCAGUGGCAACACUUCCAAGGUCAUCAACUCAGUCUUCUGCUCCUAUGGCUGUUGUCCUGGAGAUGGCGGAAAUCUUUGGAAAUGUUGUCCCGAGUGAGUCUGAUAGCAAACAGAGGGUUAAACAAAGGCAGAGCCUGUCCAAAUCUGGUCAGAAAUCCAGCGCUGGAAAACUGGAACUGGUGUACGACAUUUUUACUUAUUAUCAUCUUGUUGACCAUCAUCACCUUGUUCUUGAUAGCUUCAUGUUUCGCAGUGGUUUACUCUCGAGGCGAAGACCAUCAUCGGAGACCUCUCCCACGUUCGGGUCAGCCUGCUCCGGUCUUCUUUUCUGAAGCACCGUAUUUCUAUCUUUCUGUUGCCGACGCAUGGGCGGAACAAGACAUGGUGACUCCUGAAGGAAGAUACCAGUGGAUGCCUUUGAAUCCUGCCCCAAUGGGCUACACCGCAUACCAAAUGAUGGGGCCUGUAGCUUUGAGCGAGUACCAGACUACGUUGUCAGCUCGCGACUGGGACCUUUUCUUCACGAGGUGGAUACCUCCGGCACUGAUCACGGUUUGUCUCCCCGACGACCGCAAUGGUCCAGAAAUAGAGGAAGUGGACAAGUUCGGAACAGGAGACAAGCCAGACGACAGUUGCAAAGACCACGUGACAGGUGAGACGUGUGCCAGCAAAGAAGGUAAAGGCGACCUACUUUUCACAGACAAUAAAUUCAGUCAAGGCGCAUCCAUUCCGGAACCGGCCACUAUUGAUACGUAACACCCAAAAGAAUACAUCUCUCACUUCUGGAAACAUUUUGCUGAAAUAUCUACGUCUGGUCCAACAGUAGAACGCUAUAAAAUCUAUUAAGAUCUAUCUUACAAUAAGAGAAUGUUUAGUAAUAUUUUUUUUACUUGUACAAAAUGUAUUAUUUGGUUUUGUUAAUAAUUAUUAAUUUCUAUUGUGUUCUAAAUAUGUCAAGCAGUAAAUCCGUUCUUUGGGUAUGAUAGUACUUUUAGUUCUACUCUAGAAGCCCAGUAAAAACAAUUUCUGCCACUAAACAGUCAGACCAGCCAGAGCGGUUAGUUUGGGCAGAAACACAACAUACACAGUCAUGGAACAAGACAGUCAUACAAACGAGAAAUGCCGUUAAUGGGUAUUCAAUGCUUUUUAUUUUGGUUACUAUAUGGAGGGCAGAGUUGGGACAGCCAUCUCUGAGUGACUAAAAUAAACAAAUUCAAAUAAAAUAAAAAAUACGUGACAAAAAAAAAAAAAAA